AUGAUGCCUAAGCCAUCAGCCAAGGCCUGGCUACUGGCCAUCCUCUCUUUUGCUACUGGCACAUUGGGUGAUGCUUCAGCUAACUAUACUGAGCAGCUUCUGAGCUCUGGCACAAUCAAGCUUGGCGAGUGGCAGGAUGCCUACGACAAAGCCUCCGCCUUCGUCAGCACGCUCACGACUUCCGAGAAGAUUUCACUCAUCACGGCCGGAGAUGCCGGAAACUUCACCGCACUAAACAUGCUGGACUCGGCCACGAACCCGCUGGCUUACUAUUAUGUUACGACUUGGCCGGCUGGCUUAGCUAUGGCAAUGACAUGGGACACUGAAGCAGCCUACGGACAGGGCGAAGGAGUCGGUGCCGAGUUCAAGGGCAAGGGUGUCCAUCUUGCCUAUGGGCCGACCCUCCAGCCCUUGGGUCGUUCUGCUUGGUGUGGGCGCACAGGAGAGUCGUAUGGCCUAGACAGCUACCAUGCUGGUGUUAUGGCUGGUGCUAUCGUGAAGGGAAUGUCUGCCGCAGGAGUUAUCCCUUCAGCCAAACAUUACAUACUGAACGAGCAGGAGACCAACCGCAUGGGUUCAGGUAGCAGCAUGGGUGGUGGUGGAGGCGGUGGCUCGCCUCCCGAUGGAGCUCCAGGAGGCAACGCGACUCUCACAACCCGCCAGACCGCAGACAACACCACCUCAAGCUCCUCGUCCGAUGACUCCGGAUCCUACAGCGUCCAGAUCGGCGACAAGGCAUUCCAUGAGACUUACCUCGCCCCCUUCUACGACACGGUCAAGAAUGGAAUGGGCGGAGCCAUGUGUGGCAUGAACAAGGUGAAUGGAACCUACAGCUGCGAGAGUCAGGAUCUACUGGCAAAAUAUCUCAAGACCGAGCUAGGCUUCCCAGGAAUCGUGCACGCGGACGUCUCGGCACAAAAGACAGGUAUCAACGCGGCGAACGCAGGAAUGGACCUUUCUUCCAGCUCCUACUGGUCGAAUGACACACUCGGGGUCGGCCUCACAAACGGUAGCUUUACAUCUGAACGGCUGGACGACAUGGCUAUUAGGAACCUGAUGGGUUAUUACCACCUCAACCAGGACCAAGGUUAUCCCAGCUUGGCUGGAAAGACAGACUAUCGCGAUGUCCGGUCAAACCACAGUGCCCUUGCCAGGAAAUACGCAUCCGAAUCAAUCGUGCUGCUGAAAAACACCAACAACGCACUACCCCUGACGAAUAAGACGAGCAUCAGCAUCUUCGGCACUCACGCCGCCCCGCGUUACGUUGGAGCCAACACGGCGCUAUCCGUGUACAAUGGCGAACCUGACACCAUGUCAGGCCACAUGACAACUGUCGGCGGCUCGGCCAUGGGCUCGCUGGCGUACGUGACGACGCCGGUGCAGCUGUUCGUCCAGCGCGCCGCGACGGAUGGCUUUAUGCUGCGCUGGUGGCUGAAUGACACCGUCUCGGAGACCAGCAGCGGAAUGAUGGGCAGCGGGACGGAGCUGACGGAGACAACGGUGGGCGUGGCCGACAGCUCCGAUGCCUGUGUUGUGUUCAUCAACGCCUGGGGCGGCGAAGGUGCAGACCGCACGGAACUGUACAACACCGAGCAGGACAGCCUAGUCACCACGGUCGCAGAUAACUGUAACAACACGGUUGUCGUGGUGAACACCGUCGGCCCGCGUCUGCUGGACGCCUGGAUCGAGCAUGAGAACGUCACUGGUGUUCUUUACGCCGGCGCGCUGGGCCAGGAGUCUGGAAAUGCUAUCGAUGAUGUGCUCUUUGGGUCUGUGAACCCGUCUGGACGACUGGUUCACACCAUUGCGAAGAACGAGAGCGAUUACAACCCCGACACCAUCAUCAGCGACAGCGAGCUGGAGCUGAACUUUACUGACGGGAACUUCAUCGACUACAAAUAUUUUGACAAGUACAACAUCACUCCCCGCUACGAGUUUGGUUACGGCCUCAGUUAUGCCACGUUCGACUACUCGUCGACCAUUUCAGUCGACUCGAGCAAUCUCACGUCUGGAUACGCUACUGGAGACAAGGCUGUUGGCGGACGAGAGGAUCUAUGGGAUGUUGUUGCUACCGCGAAGACAUCCAUCAGCAACACCGGCAGCGUGGCGGGGGCUGAAGUCGCACAGUUGUACAUUUCCUUCCCCGAUGCUGCUGGCGAGCCCGUCAGGCAGCUUCGUGGGUUUGUGAAGGUCACAAUCGAGCCUGGUCAGAGCGCGGAUGUCACUUUCAACCUACGCCGUAGAGAUUUGAGUGUUUGGGAUGUGGCAGGACAAGAGUGGGAGGUCGUGAAGGGCGAAUAUACACUCUAUGUUGGAGCUAGCAGUCGGGACUUCAAAGCAACGACCACUUUGACCGUCUCGUAG